AGGAACCAACACACACUGAAUAACCGCAGGGGGCGGAUUUCAUACACGAACCAGGUACUAACUUUAGGUACUAUUUUACGAAUUUAAUUUUUUUUAAAUUGAUAGUACCACUUUGUUCUCUGGAGCCACCGGUCGGUGGGACUUUGACUUGUGCCUCUUCGUCCAGCUCUCACACCGUGCGCUACACCGGGGAGGGGCGCUUCAGGCUACGGCACAGGUGUCGUGAUGCUUCAGAACGGUAUGAACCAUGAGGGUAGACGAGGAGGAGGAGAUCGAGCCUCCCGUCGAGGCCCGGGUUUGGUUAGUGGAGGCGCUGCUCUCAAUGGCGGGCCAGCCGCCCAGGUGAACGGCGCCCAGCCACCGUCCGUGGUUAAGGGUGACGUUAACCAUUGGUACAGGGGCAAGAAGGCAGCGCCCCCGAGGACACCGAGGAAACGGGGAGGCCCCGCCUCAGCUGUCAAUCAUGCCUCAGCGGCUGGCGGGGUCCGCAGUGCGAGCCGCCCCGCUGCUGUGUCGAAGACGGGGGCCGCCAGUCCAGACGAUGCCGCCGCCUCGCCUGUUGACUGUCAACAAAUGGCGCCACAAGUCAUCCCGUCGGCGACGGCCAAGAACCAGAGGAGAAGGGAGAAAUUCAGACAAAAGAGGAACCUGAAAACCUGUCCAGAGAACCAUGCUCUCACAAUAAGAGCAGCACCAGAGGAGGAGGACUGGGAAAAGGAGAGCCAGGAGGUUGCACCGACUGACUGGGAAAAUGACUGUUACGGCAUCAACCCCUACGUGAGACCAACAAGCGGCGGAUGCGGCCCUCUCAAUGGUUUCUCCCACCAUGAAAGCGUUGGUGGAUGCGGCGUGGUUGGCGUGGAGCGUCGGGGCCUCCGUCUAUGACUACAUCCACACCAGCGCCAUGGAGGAGCGCAUCAACACCCUGGAGGACGUCAUCACCAUCCACCAAUGUGCGAUCGGACUCCUGUCGGCGGGCGUUUUGGUGCUCUUCACCUACAUCCUGUUCAAGAAGCUCUGAGGAUUGCGGUGAAGCGGACGCUGACCACUCAGACGCGCUACAUGUUCCCAAUGCAUUUGAGUCUUUCUCAGGUUUGGUACAAAGAAAUAGUUGGCACAGAGAAAUGAUUUUAGAAGCAGUGAACUGGUCCAUUUGUUGUUUUUGGAAUAGCGUAAGUUACUAGUUAAGUAAAAGGCGAGGCCCAAAACGCCUUAUACUUCAGCUUCUGUGUGUGUUAUGGUACUUCGCCUAUUCGCUAAAGGGAUCAUUAUUUGUCGUAACAAAUUCCUGCCUUUGUGUUGCUUUCACGUUGAAGCCUCGCUGAGAUUUCAUGAAACUAGCGUGUGAAUUUCUCCACGGUCAUUUCUGUAAAUGUUUUCAUCCGAUCCAUUUAUGUGAACGCUACAUCUCAGGAACGCCUUGACCCAAAGUCUUCAAUCGGCCACAAACGUCCACUUGGACUCAAGGUUGAACCGACUAGUUUGGUGAGUAAAAGUCCAGCUUACUGUGACCUAAAACUACUUCCCAGUUCCACACAAAUUACAUUUGACAUGUGGAUGUAAACUGUUACUUAGUGUCUUAAGAAAGCCCAUCCUAAAAUCCCUUGAUAGAAUUGUAUUUCUAUAAUGCUUUUUAAAACCUUUUACCUCAUAGAUGAUUACUGUUGGCACACAAAAAAAAUUGUAUAUGGAAAGGUUUUUUCUUUUGCUUGCUAUUGAAAUGUUUAACUACUGCUUGAUCUUGGGUAUGUUCUUUAAGACUGUAUUUUCUACCAUUAGAGUGUAUCUUAAAUACAUUUAAGAUGAAGCUAUUU